CGGUAGAUGCUGUGAGGUGGAGAACUGGAGAGCUCGGGAGCCGACGCUGGGGUGAAGGUCAUGUCGCCUCCUGGGAAAGUUCCCCGGAAAGAAAACCUGGGGCUCCAGUGUGAGUGGGGGUCCUGCUCCUUUGUGUGCUCAGCCAUGGAGGAGUUCUGUGAGCACGUCACCCAGCACCUGCAGCAGCAUCUGCAUGGCCCUGGAGAGGAGGAGGGAGAGGAGGAAGAGGAUGACCCCCUUGAGGAAGAAUUCUCCUGCCUGUGGCAGGAAUGUGGCUUUUGCUCUCUGGACAGUUCUGCUGACCUCAUCCGCCAUGUCUACUUCCACUGCUACCACACCAAGCUGAAACAGUGGGGGCUGCAGGCCUUGCAAAACCAGGCUGACCUCAGCCCCUGCAUCCUGGACUUCCAGAGCCGGAACGUCAUUCCUGACAUCCCUGACCACUUCCUGUGUCUAUGGGAACAUUGUGAGAGCUCCUUCGACAAUCCCGAGUGGUUCUAUCGGCAUGUGGAAGCACACAGCCUGUGCUGUGAAAACCAAGCAGUCGGCAAGGACAACCACGUGGUGCUGUGUGGCUGGAAAGGCUGUACCUGUACCUUCAAGGACCGCUGUAAGCUCCGAGAACACCUCCGUAGCCACACCCAGGAGAAGGUGGUGGCCUGCCCCACCUGCGGGGGCAUGUUUGCCAACAAUACCAAGUUCUUAGAUCACAUCCGUCGCCAGACCUCAUUGGAUCAGCAGCGCUUCCAGUGUUCUCACUGUUCCAAGAGAUUUGCCACAGAGCGGCUAUUGAGGGACCACAUGCGCAACCAUGUGAAUCACUAUAAGUGCCCUCUGUGUGACAUGACCUGCCCACUGCCUUCCUCUCUCCGCAAUCACAUGCGCUUUCGCCACAGUGAGGACCGGCCUUUUAAAUGUGAUUGUUGUGACUACAGCUGCAAGAAUCUGAUUGACCUGCGAAAGCACCUGGACACCCACAGCAAGGAACCAGCCUACAGGUGUGAUUUUGAGAACUGCAGCUUCAGUGCCCGGUCCCUCUGCUCUAUCAAGUCCCAUUACCGCAAAGUGCAUGAAGGAGACUCAGAGCCAAGGUACAAAUGUCAUGUGUGUGACAAAUGCUUUACUCGUGGCAACAACCUCACCGUGCACCUUCGAAAGAAGCACCAGUUCAAGUGGCCCUCAGGACACCCCCGUUUUCGGUACAAGGAACAUGAAGAUGGCUACAUGCGGCUGCAGCUGGUUCGCUAUGAAAGUGUAGAGCUGACACAGCAACUACUGAGGCAGCCCCAAGAGGGAUCAGGCCUGGGAGCAUCACUGAAUGAGAGCAGUCUGCAGGGCAUCAUUCUUGAAACAGUGCUGGGGGAGCCAGGACUUAAGGAAGAAGUGGAAGACCAGGGUAGGGGCAGUGAGGGGACAGCCCUCUCAGCCUCUCAGGACACCCCCAGCCCUGUCAUCCAUGUGGUGAAUCAGACCAAUGCCCAGGGCCAGCGAGAGAUUGUCUACUAUGUGCUGUCAGAAGCCCCAGGAGAGCCCCCCCCAACUCCUGAACCAUCUUCAGUGGGCAUCAUGGAAAAGCUCCAAGGAAUAGCUGAGGAACCGGAGGUCCAGAUGGUCUGAAUGCUUCAGAGCCUUCCCAUUCCUUCCCUGGGCCUCAGGGUUUGAGCCAGACAGGUAGCAGUGCCCCUAGUGGGCAGCCCUUGCCAGUGGAUGCCUUUAGGAGUGGUGCUGAGAGCAGUGUGGUCCCAUCUGGCCCAGGCUUACAUCAUUUUGCAGACUAAGGACUUCAUUUUUUUUGCCACACUGAAUUUUAUAGGGUAUCCUGAGGAGUUUGGAUUCUUUGAGGGGAUCCUGGAUGGGUGUGUUCUUACAGCAGCUGUAAUCGGGCUUAACCAUGAGCCCCUCAACAUGCUGGACCUUGAUUAAAAUCCUUAGCUCACAUCCAUUCCCAUAUUUAGGAGUCCUUAGGCACAGGGAUGGUGAGUGAGUGGUCCUGCAUGGACCCUUUCCUCACCAUCAGCUAAGACAUUGAGAUCCAGGCAGCCAUUUUCCUCUUAAAAGAGUUCCUCCUGCACCCCAGGGACAUUCAUGGUUAUCCUCAGGGACAGGAUUGGAGGCACUGAGUAUGUGACACUUGCUUUUGAUAAUAAAAGAAACACUUGGGCUGUUA